AUGUCUUACAGUACAGUAUCAUACUCCUUUAUAGACAACAUGACCUACCAGUACAAGUGGGUACCGCUCAUUAUUCUAGGUUACUUAUUAUACGCGUGGACAUUUGUAUGCCCGCCCAGUAAACCGCUGUCAUUGGACUUUUUGAACACAUUAUCACCUAUCAAUUACCAUUUCUGUAAAGUCAGUGAUUAUUAUGUGCGUCCAACUGUGCAACCAAUUUACGAUGAGCACGUGAGACUGAAACUAGAGGAGUUCGAUCGCAAGUAUGCUAUGAGCACCACGUGGAAUAACAAACUUGUCAAACCAAUUUCAGAGUCCCAUUAUGUCAAUACAGUAUCUGUUCAGAUUACACAAUAUGCGCAAGUAUUGGUUGAUUGGGUCGAAGAGCAGAUUGAGCCUAGAAUGAAGAGAUUUGGUACUCAAUUGAUACUUAAAGCAAGAAUAUGGAUUAAUGUAUUGGCUGUGCAAGUAAAUGACAUUACAAGUCCAUUUCUUGGAUAUACUAUACAAGGAUUACAAAGGCUUAAAAGUUUACCAUUAUUAGAAGUUGUAUGUGGGCGUGCGGCUGAAGUGUAUUCCAAAUUAAUGCAAUCACAGCAUGCUGUUAAAUUGCAAGAGAAAAGCUCAUUUCUUCAGGCUGAGUUAAAGAAUUUAGUUAAAUUCGAUGAGUUUGGUCCAAUGGAGUUUAAGUCUAGUGUCAUGAGUGUGGUAAAUGAUUUGUUGGGAAAGGGUAAACUUUGCCAAGAACAAGAAAGUGGGGAGGAUUCGCAAGGUGAUUUGGAAGUAGAUUACGAAGUAGAUGAAACAGAAACCAUUUUGAUUGUAUCCACAAUUUCAGUGACUGUAGAAGAAAAUGGUAUUAGCACUGAAGACGUUGAUUUACUGUUGAGGGCCGUUAUUGAUGAAAUUGAGUAUUGGGAGCGCAAGGUUGAUAGAACUUUGGAAAUUGCACGGAAAAAUUUGGUUGAUGAAGUGACACCUCGAGUUGCAAAAAUAGUGGAUGAUGUGAAGGUAGAGAUCAGCGAGCAAUUCCAGAUUUUACAACGUGAUAACCAUUUGCAAUACAAAGCAAUGAAUUUGAAGAUUGGUGAGAUAAACAAAGACACCGAGAAGAUUAGGGCUUUGAAUGAUACUAGUAUAGAGACCAUAACUCGUCAAGAGAUUAGAGAUGAUAUUGCAGAAAGUUACAAAUCAGCUGACAUUUGCUCCAAGCAAGUGCAGAAGUUAUUAACUGAUAAUCAUGAAUUAGUUGUCAAUCUUUACUUUCAGUCGGUUCAAGAUACCAUUGAUAUUUUGGAGACAUUUAGUGAGUCUACUAUUAACGAGUUUUCCAAAAAGCUUAGUGAAUUGACUGCGAACCUUGAAGUUGACGAUGAGUCCAUCAACUGGAAUGUAUGGAAGAGGUUCCACCAGAUCAAAGAGAGGAUAUUCAAUUUUCGAGAUGAAAUUUUUGAUGGUGCACAUGCAUACAAAAAGGAUAACAAAAAGAACUCUCAAGUAGUUAUUGGAUUGGGAUUGGAUGCUUGGGUUGAGUAUUUGAAACACAUUGAGUUUCAUUUAAACUAUUUGAUCAGAGAUAAUGCUGACUAUUUGAGACUUGUGAGGGCCAAGGCAAACUUGGCAUUCCAAGCCAGAGAAGAGUUGGUACAUAAUAUGACUCAAUUGAAGUUGGAGAAGGAGGAGAUGGAGAAAAAAGAAGCUGAAGCUAGAGAAGCUGAAGCUAGGGAAGCUGAAGCAAGAGAAGCUGAAGCAAGGGAAGCUGAAGCUAGAGAAGCUGAAGCUAGAGAAUCUGAAUCUAGGGAAGCUGAAGCUAGGGAAGCUGAAGCAAGAGAAGCUGAAGCAAGAGAAGCUGAAGCUAGAGAAGCUGAAGCUAGAGAAGCUGAAAUCAAAGAAGCUGAAGCAAGGGAAGCUGAAGCUAGGGAAGCUGAAGCAAGAGAAGCUGAAAUCAAAGAAGCUGAAGCUAGAGAAGCUGAAGCAAGAGAAGCUGAAGCUAUAAAAGUUGAAGUGCAAGAGAUGAUGAGGGAAAUCAAUGAUCACACGAAUGAAAACUUAAUUGAAGUUGGACUUAGUUCCGCAGAAUAUGAAAUUAUAUCGAGUACAAUGGAGUCUCAAAUUUCAAUGCAAAAUACAGAGAUUGAUGAGUCACCACUGUUGCAAAGUGAGUCUUUUUCCACUGCAAUUGAAAAUAACAAAGUGGAAGAAGGGAACUUUCUGAUACUCAACUAG